AACCAGAGGCUGUGGGAUAAUGUCACCUUUGGAGGCAACCCACGAGUUCACUGGCUGGUGAGGCUGGUGGUAUUUUAGUUUGUUGGCGAGCAGUCUCUUUAAACCAGGACGUCAGAACUUAUCAUCUAAGGAUGGUAUUGCUGCAUGUCUGUCCUCGCAAGUGAGGGGCUGCCCAGUGCAUUGAAAGGAGUUUUAUAAUAAGCAGGCACAGUUUUUACCAGGAGGAAUCACUGCAAGUGCAAAAGGAUUUUUUGCCAGGGAACACAGCCCUAAGCCUGUCUAAAAUGAAGACUGUUUUAAUGGUUGCAGAGAAGCCGUCUCUCGCGCUUUCUAUUGCCAAGAUCCUUUCAAAUGGCAGAGUUAACUCUAGAAAAGGCAUAUCUCCUGCUUGCCAAGUCCACGAGUACCAUGGCACCUUUAUAGGACACGCAGUUAAAUUCAAGAUGACAUCAGUUUGUGGUCAUGUGAUGUCCUUGGACUUCAGGUCUCAGUAUAACAACUGGGAUUCGGUUGAUCCUGGAGAACUUUUUGAAGCACCAACAAGGAAGAAAGAAGCAAUGGAAAAUCUUAAUAUUCCAAAAUUUCUUGAAUCUGAGGCCCGUGGAGUUGACUACCUCGUUUUGUGGCUAGAUUGUGACAAAGAAGGUGAAAACAUAUGUUUUGAGGUUGUUGAUUGUGCUGCAUCAGUAAUGAAAAGGGGGCAGCCUGGAGAAAAGGUCAUCUUCAGAGCAAAAUUUUCUGCAGUAACUGACAAAGAUAUUCGAUAUGCCAUGCAGAAUUUGACAGAGCCGAAUAAGAAUGAAUCACUUUCCGUUGAUGCCAGGCAGGAGCUUGAUCUAAGGAUGGGCUGUGCAUUUACACGAUUUCAGACCAGGUAUUUCCAGGGAAAAUAUGGCGAUUUGGACAGCUCCCUCAUUUCUUAUGGUCCGUGUCAAACACCAACCCUUGGCUUUUGCGUCGAGAGACAUGAUCAGAUCCAGUCAUUCAAGCCAGAACCAUACUGGCAAUUGCAGGUCGAGAUAAAGUUACACUCUGGUCAAAACGUAAAAUUAGACUGGUCCCGCAUUCGUGUUUUUGAUAGAGAUGUUGGGAAUAUGUUCCAUAAUAUGGUGAAAGGAUUCACCGAAGCUUCAGUAAUAAGUGUCACAACAAAAGAGAAAUCGAAGCCUCGCCCCGGGGCGUUAAACACAGUUGAAAUGCUGAGAGUUGCGUCAUCAUCGCUUGGAAUUGGACCCCAGCAGACAAUGCAAAUUGCUGAAAGACUGUACAUUCAAGGGUAUAUCAGCUACCCAAGAACGGAGACAACACAAUACUCUGAGAACUUUGAUCUAGUUGGAACUUUAAGACAGCAAGCAGACCAUCCAGCUUGGGGUUCAUACGUGAAAGAACUCAUCCGGGAAGGAAUUGCCAAACCAAAGAAAGGGACAGAUGUUGGCGAUCAUCCGCCAAUAACCCCGAUGAAGCCUGCCUACGAAAGUGAGCUGUCGAACGAUUCAUGGAGACUCUAUGAUUACAUCACAAGACAUUUCAUUGCGUCUGUCAGCUUUGACUGCAAGUACAUGCUGACUUCCGUGGGGUUCCGUGUUAACAAAGAGGAAUUCAGCUGUGAAGGAAAAACGAUGAAAUCACCUGGAUUUACAACGAUUAUGUACUGGCUUGCCAUUCAGCCCGAAGAGUCAAUACCACACUUUCAAAAAGGAGAUGUGUGUGACAUUAAGGAGGUCAGACUGGUCGAAAAGCUAACGAGCCCCCCAGAUCUGCUCUCUGAAAGUGAACUUAUAAGUAAAAUGGAAAAACAUGGAAUCGGAACUGAUGCCAGCAUUCCAGUUCAUAUAAACAACAUCUGCCAACGGAAUUACGUUCAAGUGACGUCAGGAAGAAGACUUCAACCGACAUCUCUUGGGAUCGUUCUCGUGCAUGGCUACCAAAAGAUUGAUCCAGAAUUGGUCUUACCAACAAUGAGAGCAGCGUUAGAAAAACAGCUGAAUUUGAUAGCUCAGGGAAAGGCAGAUUUCAACGCGGUUUUGCAUCAUAGCAUCAACUGCUUUAACAGUAAAUUCGAAUAUUUCCGUAAAAACAUUGAAAACAUGGACGAAUUGUUCGAGGUUUCAUUCACAAAAUUGUCUGAAAGUGGGAAGCCACUUUCGAGAUGCGGCAAGUGCCAUCGAUUUAUGAAGCUCAUUACAGCCAAGCCAUGUCGGCUUCACUGCGCCCAUUGUGACGAGACAUAUAGCUUGCCGAAUGAUGGAAAUCUUAAGCUCUUCAAGGAACUCCGAUGUCCUUUAGAUGAAUUCGAACUGCUUCUGUACGCUGGCAGAGGAGGAAAGAGCACGCCGCUGUGUCCUUAUUGCUAUAACCAUCCACCAUUUGAGGAUAUGCGUAAAGGAAUGUGCUGCAACCAGUGCACACAUCCAACUUGUAAACAUUCAAUCGCAAGCCUCUCUGUUGCAAGCUGCAUUGAUUGUGACAGUGGCACUCUUAUGUUUGACCCAACGUCUGCUCCCAAAUGGAGAAUGGCAUGUAACAAGUGCAGAGUAAUAGUGCAUUUUUUCAAGGACGCCCAUCGCGUUGCCGUAACUGACGAUGAGUGUGACUGUGGCUCUGCUUAUAUGGAUGUAGAAUUCCACAAGUCACAGACGAAUAUUGGUACUCCAAGACAUCAGGGAUGUCCUUUUUGCGAUCCAAUAUUUGUCCCCAUGGUAACAGCAUAUGGAUUAGCAAAGAAGCCUGGGAUGGACAAUGAUGGAGGCAGGCAAACGAGGGGUGGUGGUGGUGGUGGUGGGAGAGGAAGGCGUGGUCGGGGUGGAGGGAGAAGACGAAGGGGUCGCGGAAGAGGGAGAAGAGGCAGGGGUAGAGGAGGUGGCUACGAUUCUGAUGAUGAUUAUGGCGAUUCAAUGGAGUAUAACGCCAAGCCCAAAGAGAAAAUGUCUUUGGCAGACUUUUUGUAAACUCAAAAAAAAUUGGAAGAAAGUUUAGUUUUGAAUGUCAAAGAUAGUUUUAUUAAUACAGAAUCUCGAUAUUCUUAACAGUUCAUCCUGAUAUUUAUCAUUGAAUUGUAUCCAUAUUAUUUUAAUUGAGUUUUUAGAGUAUUUGGUAACUGAUACUAUGCAGAUUUGAAAGUCAGGAGAUUAAACUAAGGGCCUUGCUGUCGUCCAAUUAACACCAUUUUCACUCUUCGUACAAUUAACAACUUAUAGAAACUCGUUACCAUUAACAUAGCUCAAGAUGCUUUUUACUCCCUUUGACAUAUUCAGGGAAAUCGCUUCAAUGUCUCUUACAUUUUGCCAAACCCGAUUCCUUUUUGUUUGUUCUACAACUAUAUUUUUACCCAUCACUCACAUAACGAUGAUUUUAUUGGUUAGUUUUUGAUUGACAGAAAUAUCAUGACCAAUCAGAUUUUGUUUGAUCUUCCGCAAUUUCCACUUAUGACAUGCAUACCUGGUGUCCCAUUCUACUGAAAUUAGGGCUUCGUGAAAACAUUUUCCUGGUUUAUAUGUAGCCUUGGGGGGUUUUCUACCCCUCCUCGCCCUUUAUUCAAUUUACUUCUCGAUAUUUUGAGAAGAUUACUUAUAAACACAGCUUGUUAAAAUCCACCUGUUCUGUAUUUAUACUCCAAAUUAUUGCACGUGUUGUUAACAGAUGCUAAUUUCUGUAGGUUGAAUUAUUGUCGUUCAAUUCAACGUUCAAAUUUCUUAAACGAGUCUUCAAUGGAUAUUGUAGAAUCCUCCAUAUUAGAAGCUAAUUUCUCAUUAAAGCUUAGGCAUGCUUUUGUUCAGUGUAUGUCUUUUAGUCUUUAGGUUCUUAUGAAAUUAAUGCUUUCUAAUUUGAUU